CAGGAAGUUGCUAUCUUCACACAUGUGUUUAAUCGAAAUCAUCAUUGCCAACCUAAUAAACGUAUCGAAUUUUUAUUUGAUGGAAAUGGGUUCGCGAUGUCCGAGAGUAAUCUGAGAACGAAUGUAGAAUUCCAGAACAUGUUUCCUGGUUUAUGUAUAGAUUUGGAAUUAGUUUAAAAAAUGUUUUCCUAAAGUAAUUUACAAAGUAAUAAUCGGCUUAUGUUAUAAUUUUAUACAUUUGUUUUUAUAUAUUGUCAAGAACAUUACAUUAUCAAAAUAUUUUUGGUGACUAUUUUUGAAAAAUGGGAAGGAAAAAACAGCGUCAGCAAGACAUAACCUGGGUUGAUAAUAGCAAAAAUCACAAUGCUGAAAUUAAUAGUAAUGGUAACAUAGACAUAAAUAAAAAUGAUCCACUAGCGGACUCACUUACAACAGUUGAAGAUGAAAAUAAAAGUCCUCUAGAGAAAUUUGAGUGUAAACACAUAUUGAAGGCUAUAAUAAAUUUGCCUAAACUACGUAAAAUUUUACAAAAAAUAGACAAAAAUGGUCAGUGUUCUUCAUGCAGAACAUCAGAUCUUAAUUCAGCCGUAGAUCUAGAUUCGACUUUAGAAAUUGGAUCAACUACAGAGGAGGAAAAAAAAGGAUUGUGGUUUUGUUUAAAGUGUACUAAUCAAACAUGUGGUAAAACUCAUUGUGAAAAUCAUUUUAAGAUCCCUCAUAGUGAUUUACAUUGUUUAGCACUUGAUACUGAUCAAUGGACCAUUUGGUGUUUUGAAUGUAGUAGAAGUAUAGAUCCUAAAUCUAAAGUACCCUUGACACAAAUUUUAGAACUCCUAAAAAAAUGGAAAGCAACAGCUAACGUUCUGCCAAUAUCAAGAAAAAUGGAGGAUUUAUCUAUUACAAAAAACGAACCUCCUAUAGUUAAUAAAAGCAAUAAAAACGAAUCUCGACCUGUAUUAAAUAAUAACAAUAACAAUAAUAAUAACAGUAAUAACAGUAAUAAUAAUAAUAAUAAUAAUAAUCAUAAUCAUAAUAAUACUUUUACUAGGGUUCGAGGAUUAGUAAACUUGGGUAAUACAUGUUUUUUGAAUGCAGUAUUACAAUGCUUAGCUCAAACACCAUAUUUAGUUAAAGUUCUACAAGAUUUACAAGUAUCAGAUACAAGAUGUUAUCUUCCAGGCGGUAAACUCAAAGUUCCAAAAGAAAAGAGUAGUAAAAAUAACAACAGCAAUGGUGAUAUUAAUAAUGAAGAUAAUAAUGAUGACAAUGUAAAUGAAAAUGAUGAAAUAAGUUUACCACCAAUAGAAGAUAAUUUAGGAGAUUGUGGAAAUUUUAUUUCUGUGUUGUGUAAAACUUUAAUAGAGUUACAAAAUUCCGAUAAUAAUAAAAUGUCUACUUAUAAACCAUCUGAACUAUUCAAUUUAUUAAAAAAAAAUUCUCCACAAUUUUCGGAUGGUGAUCAACAUGAUUCACAUGAGGUUUUGAGACUAAUGCUUGAAUUAAUUAGGAAUGAAGAUUUACAGCGGUAUCAAAGUUUGAUUUUGAAACAAAUUAAUCUCAAUAAAAAUAUGGAAACAAAUGAAUUAGGUGCUAAUCUUAAAUCACAAGCAAAAUUUUAUGGUUGCCAAGCAAAUGCCAAACUUUUAGGUGCUGAGCCUGUAUUUCAUGGUACAUUAGUGUCAACAAUUCAAUGUACGGAAUGUCACCAUACUUUACAACGUGGUGAAUCAUUUUUAGACCUUAGUUUGUCUUUAAUGGAACUUGAAAAACAAACUUUUAUAUCUAAAAAAAAUAAUAGCUCCAACGACUUAUCCAAUGGUACAUCAACUACUGGCGACGAUUAUUAUGUAAAUAAUGAAAAAAUAUCUAAACAUCAAUUGAAGAAAAAAAGAAAAGCAGCUAAAUCAUUGCGAAAAAUGGAAAGACAUAAAGCUAAUCAAGAAAAUAUUAACAAUAUCUUCAAUGGGCAUGAUGCAAUUGAAAUUUCAAAUGGCGAAUCAAAAGAAGAAGAUACUAAUGAUACUCUUAACGAAUCUGAUAAUGCAACUGCAAGUGAAAAUUCAUCAGAGAAUCUUGAAAUUCCCUUAAAUCUUUCAAAUAAUAUUAGUCAAACUGAAGAAAUAUUACCCCUUCUUGACACUAAUGAAACCACUGAUAAUAAAACGACUGGAAUUAAUUAUCAAAAUCGAGAUCACUAUACUUAUUCUAUUGAAUCUUGCUUAAAUCAAUUUACUGCUACUGAAUUUAUGAGUGGUAAUAAUAAAGUUCAAUGCGAAGCGUGUACGUCGGCCAAUGUUACAGAUUCAAAAAAUGUUGCAAAUGACCAAAAAAGCGCUAAACCAGUUGUCGUUUACACUUCAAGUACAAAACAAUAUCUUAUAUCUCAAGUGCCUGCCGUUCUUAUAUUGCAUUUAAAAAGAUUUCAAUCUCGACGAUAUAAUAAUGGGUUUUGUAAAAUCAAUAGACAUGUUAAGUUCCCAAUAAUCUUGAAUUUAUCAUCAUUUUGUAAAAAUGCCAAAAAACCCACUUUGUAUUCACUUUAUGGUUUAAUUGAACAUCAAGGAACAAUUAAUGGUGGUCAUUAUGUAGCAUACGUGAAGGCAAGAAAUAAAUUGAAGCCUGAUGAUCCUCAAUGGAAUUUUUUACUGAAGAAACGAGACUUAAUGCAGAACGUUAAUGGUCUUCAUGAAUUAGAUAAUACUUCGAAUGAACGGGUCAAUGAAGACGAAAGUACUACAAGUGUCGAUCCUUCUUUAGGGCAAUGGUACUAUGCAUCAGACUCGAGAAUUAUGGAAGUUGACGAAGAAGCCGUUCUGCAAAGAGAGGCAUAUCUUCUGUUUUAUGAACGAAUUUCAUGACUCACGGACAAUGAAUACUUUUAUUAAAUCAUUUUUAAUUAUGUCUUUCUAUUAUUAUGUAAACAAUAAAAUUUAUAAAAUUGAAUUCAUGAACGCCAAUAAAAUUAUAAUAUGAUCAUGAA